AUGGGUUCAAGUCAGUCAACCAUUAAUUCCUUUGACUUGUCAAAUAAAGUCGUUAUUAUCACCGGUUCUAGUGAUGGAAUUGGUAAAAGUUUAACUCGAAUGAUCUCAUCGUAUAAUCCAAAACGUUUAAUACUUCCAAUUCGUAACAGAAAAAAAGGUGAACUUCUCCUUGAGUAUAUCAAAGAAUCUAAUGAAGGAAAUAGCGAAUGUAUUGAAUUAUGGGAUAUGGAUUUGGCGGAUUUACAUAGUGUAAAGAAUUUUGCUAGUAAGUUUAUUAAAGAGGUUGGAGAAUUACACUACUUAUGGAAUAAUGCUGGUUAUUAUUGUAUUGGAUUGGAGAAAACAAAAGAUAAUUUUGAACAGCAAUUCCAAGUUAAUCAUCUUUCUCACUUUCUCCUGACUUCCCUUCUGCUUCCGACCAUAAAAAACUCGGCAACAAAGGAAUCUCAGUGUAAAAUCAUUCACACAACUUCAAAAGGACAAUUACUUGGUAAAAUUGAUUUUGAUAAUCUUAAUGGUGAAAAAUCUUACACUGGCUAUCUUGAAUUAUAUUCAAACUCGAAGUUAAUGAAUAUUAUAUAUAGUAAUGAACUUAAUCGUCGCCUUAAAGAUUCAAGAAUUAUACCAACAAAAAUUACUGCAAAAUUGUCGUUUUGGUUUUUUAUCAGGUUGUUCUCUACCACACCUGAUAUUGGUGCAAUAAAUGUAAUGUACCCUGCAUUAGACCCGGACACUGAUGAAGGUGGAAAGUAUUUUGAGGAUUGUAAAGAAACAACCCCAAUCGAUCAGGCAUUAGACGAAGAUUUGGCUAAAAAAUUUUGGGAAAAGAGUGAAGAAUUAUUAAAUAAUUUUGAUGCCAGUCUUUUAAAAUGA